AUGGCUGGCGAGAAAGAUCAAACUGAAAUUGAUCUUAAAAUCAAGGCUGCACUUAUGCGUUUGGAUCAAUGCCAUGUAAAGAGGAAACAAGAGGUGGCUGAAUUGAUUUCCAAAAACAAAAGUGAAAGUGAGACUAUCCUGGCUGAAAUUGAAGCACUGAUGAAACUUCAAGAAGAUACACAUUAUGAGAGAGAGAAAGAAAGACUUUCAAGGAAAUCAACAAUGGCUGACAAAGAUCUUGAUGCAAUUCACGCUGAACUUUCAAUCCUGAAAAUUGACACUCGAGGAUUAGGCUCUAUUAUGAAUCAAUUGGUGAAAAAAAUUGAUGAUCGAGACAAGUUGAUCAGGGAAGAAGUCGGUAGGUGGAAUGAGUUCAUGGAAAGUUUUCUUCUUUCUCGUGAAAGAACCAAUGUAAAAUCAAGCACACAGAUUGAUUCUGCCAAGAAAUCAGCUCAUCCUGAUGAAUUCAAGAAAGAAGAAAACAUUGGGAAUAAAGGGUCGAAGACUGGAGUUGGUGAAAAAGAUUUGAAGAUAGCUGCUGAUUGUGACCAACUAGAGUCAAGAAAUAUGGAAGAAUCAGAUCAAGAAAUGCAAGAGUCGGUUCUUGGAAGUGAAGAACAUUAUGUGAAUUUGAUGAACUCAACAAUAGCUGCCAUCUUUGAUCAAUCCAAAAACUCUGAGGCUGCUUUUCGUACAAGCGUAGAAGAUUUCAGUAAAAGGAUGUACACUUUGAUUCAUGGAAUGAAAGCUGAUUUCAAGAAAGAUCUACAUGGUGCGAAGAAGACUAGUGUUCUGAAGUGGCUAAAACAACAUGCUGAAUCGAAAGAGGAUUAUGAAGCAAUAAAGGCUGAAGUAGGUAAACUGGCAACUAAGCUCUUAACCCUGCUUUCCACUCUCAUGCUUCUGAUGUUAGAGAGUGAAGAAAUGCAUGCAAAGUUACAAGUAUUUAAAUCUUCAAUCAAAUGGCUAAUCGAAGAUGCGGAUUCUCUGGUGACUCGAAUGAUAGUUUCUGUAAUGGAGACGAUAGAAUACAGAGUAAAAAGGCAGAGAAAAAUAAUGGUGGAGUCACGUCAGGAAACACCCGUAAGCAUGGAUAUGACAAUACACAACCAAUUUGAAAGAGUCGUUCUUCAAAUUCUUGAUGGAAUUAAGCAUUUGGAUUGCAUUCUAAUGCAUCAAGGACAAAAUGAUUCAAAUGAGUCGGUCAAUGAUUUCCGUAAACGGAAGGCUCUUAGCAAUAGCUUUCUAAGAAGCCGCCAUCUAUCACUUCCCUCCAACCGGCAGAACUUCCCAGAGACACCAUCCAACGAGAAUAUGACCGAUUACCUAUUAACAACAACGCCGCUUACAAAGAAGAAAGACAUCGACUCCAUUAUCAGAGACACCAUCGACAAGGUCCUCGUCCUCCGCUUUGGCCGCGCCUCCGAUCCCGUUUGUCUCCAUCUCGACGACAUCUUAUCAAAAUCAGCACGUGAGGUUUCGAAAUUCGCUACAAUAGCCUUAGUAGACAUCGAUUCCGAGGAUGUUCAAGUUUACAUAAAAUAUUUCGAUAUCACUUUGGUUCCUUCUACUGUCUUCUUCUUCAAUGCUCAUCAUAUGAAAAUGGAUUCUGGGACUGCGGAUCAUACUAAAUGGGUUGGUGCUUUUCACAGAAAACAAGAUUUUAUUGAUGUAGUCGAGGCCAUAUUCAGAGGGGCCAUGAAAGGCAAGCUGAUUGUGAAUUGCCCACUGCCCCCAGAGCGGAUACCCAAAUAUCAGUUGUUGUACAAAGACUUGUGA